CCGGUGUUGUACCCCAACCUUUCCGAACUCAACGAUUACAUGGGUCUCUCCCUUUCCAGCGAGGAGGUCCAGAGAAACCUGGCGCUCAUCCCAGCAAGCAGCAACGCCGUGGCCUCCGGCGUUCCUCCGCAUGGCGGGAUGGCUGCCCCCGUGACCGGAAACAACGCAGGGAUGCGUCGGGCAGAGAUCAAACCGGGCCUGCGGGAGAUCCACCUCUGCAAGGACGAGCGCGGGAAGACCGGGCUGCGGCUGAGGAGCAUCGAUAAGGGGAUGUUUGUCCAGCUGGUCAAAGCCAACUCUCCAGCAGCCUUGGUGGGCCUGCGCUUCGGGGAUCAGGUCCUCCAAAUCGACGGGAAGGACUGCGCCGGAUGGAGCGCAGACCGGGCGAAGAAGGCGCUGAAGAAGGCUUCCCCCGAGAAAAUCGUCAUGGUGGUUCGAGACAGGCCUUUCCAGCGGACGGUGACCCUGCACAAGGACAGCUCCGGCCACGUGGGCUUUGUCAUCAAGAAGGGGCAGGUCGCCUCCAUCGCCCGAGGGAGCUCAGCCGCUCGGAAUGGCCUCCUCACCCACCACUACAUCUGUGAAGUCAACGGGCAGAAUGUCAUCGGGCUCCGGGACAGGGACGUCACGGACAUCCUGGCCAGUGGCGGCGACGUCGUCACCCUCACCAUCAUCCCCGCGGUGAUCUAUGAGCACAUGGUCAGAAAGCUUUCUGCAGGGCUCGUGAAAGCAUCUAUGGAUCACUCAGUCCCCGAUGUUUAAAGCUGGCGAAGAUUUUUACGCGUGUCUCCUCUCUCUUAUGACAUGAAA